AUGGCAGCGUCAUUGCACAACAGCAAGUUGGCCUUCAUUGGCGGGGGCAACAUGGCCUCUGCCAUUAUUGGAGGGCUGGCCAACCAGGGCAUCGACAAGCAAAACAUCAUUGUAUCAGAGCCUUGGGAUGUCAACAGGGAGAAGAUUGCGGCUACUGGUGUGAGGACGACCACCUCCAACAUCGAGGCUGGCCAAGAUGCGGACCUCAUCAUCAUUGCAGUAAAGCCUCAGAUUACGAAGACGGUAUGCCAGGAGCUAGGUGCAUCUUGGUCUCACCGUACUACUCUGCCAAUUGUUGUCAGCAUUGCUGCUGGAAUCACCCUUGACAGCUUGCGAGAAUGGCUCAAGACGAGCGAGGGCAAGACGGCGCCAAUCGUUCGUGUUAUGCCAAACACACCCGCCCUCGUCGGAGAAGGUGCAUCAGGGCUCUAUGCUAGCGAAGAUGUCAAAGAAAGUGAGAAGCAGCUCGUUGAUGCUCUGCUGGGCAGUGUCAGCAAGGCUACCGAGUGGGUGGACAAAGAAGAGUUGCUUGAUGUCGUGACUGGAUUGUCUGGAUCUGGACCUGCAUACUUUUUCGCCAUGGUUGAACAUCUUAUUGCUAGCGCAACUGCUCUGGGUCUUCCGAAAGAGCAGGCUACCAGACUGGCGAAGCAGACAUGUCUGGGAGCUGGCCAGAUGCUUGUCACAUCCUCAGAUGAGCCAGCUCAGCUUCGCAAGAAUGUCACGAGCCCCAAUGGAACCACUUACGCUGCUCUACAAACAUUUGAAUCAUUGGGCUUCGACGAAAUUGUCAACAAGGCCGUCAAAGCUGCUACUGCCCGAGCUGCGGAAUUGGGGAAAUCAUAG